AGCCAAUACAAGCUAGCAGUUACCAAUAGAAGCUCGGGUAUCAAGGAUAUAUGUAUCUUUUCUGCAUCCCUGGGCAGAAGGCUAUCACCUUGCAGAGAGGCAGUGGAGGAUGCAUUAUCUCAUCUUCUGAAGCUGAUCAUCCAUUACAGUGCAGGCAACCUCAGGUUGUUGCCAGGAUCAUAUGGACAAUCUGUACAGUCACGCUGCCGUUACCCGUUUUCCUUCCAUUGACGACUUCAAAUUAUUCAAGGAGAGCAUGGCGUAAGAGGAUAUGUGGGCAUCCUAGUUUCAUCCGAUCGCGGAGAGAUGCCUCGAGCUGCAUUUGGUUCGUCGUCAACCCUGUCCUCGUGGGUGAGCCGUCGUGCUCUGAACCUGAACCUUAACCUGGACCUGGACUGGAUCCGGCUGUAUAUUUUCGAGUUGUCCAAAGCAAGAGAUGCUGAAACGGAACCAGCUGAUGUAGGCCUCUGAGCCGUCGUGCUCCGAAGCUGAACCUUAACCUGGACCUGGACUGGAUCGGCCUGUAUAUGUUUUAGUAGUUCAUUCAAAGUAAGAGAUGCUGAAACGGAACCUCCGUCAGUCAGUGUGCUUACAGGGCUUGGUUUCUGUAGAUUAUGAAUCGGAGGUGGAAGAUGACAUUAUCUCCCUCUCUUUCGGAGGGGCGAGGUGUGGGUGUCGAAGUUUCAUCCGGACGCGGAGAGAUGAUGUCUCGAGCUGCAUUUCGUCGUUGACCCCAAGGGCAACGAGCUGACGUCGUGCUCUGAAUCUGAACUGGGUGUGUGGGUGGGUCUCUGAGGAGGGGAUGCUGAACCUGAACCUUGGCCAGUGUGGGUGCGUGUAUAUUCAGUGUUCUUUGCCUGCCUACUACAGUACAAAUUCCUUUUAUCUAAUAAACAUGUGCCGAGGCUUU